AUGGCGCAGAAGGCUGUCUUCGGGCCUAGUCUACAAAGUAAGUGGAAGAUAUGAGAUGAGUGCAAUGGCGAAUAAGGCACAGGGGCGCGCGAGAACGACUACAUACCAGCAAAUACUGGACUUCACUGGGCGUUGAGCAUAAACAAUUUGAUUUUAUUCAUAUCCCCAUAGGUCACUCAAGCAAGGGACAGGAGGAGAAUGCGGAGAAGAGCGAGUGGAAUGAAGUAGACGAUGAUGAGGAGGCACAAGCAGACGAGGAGAGGGAGAGAAAAGAAGAGGAGGAGGAGGAUGAGGAGCAACGGAGGAGGAAGGUUGUGAGUGCGGACGGUGGCGACAUGGGGGAAAAUGGGACAAGGAGGGGAAAUACUGUAUGA